CUUUGUGAAAUGUUGGUACCUGUGUCAUUGAUUGUUUUCAUCAGGUUUCAUUCACAAAAAAAAGCGACGGAACGAUUAAUCAGAUUGAUCGCAAACAAAUCAAAAAUUAGUGUAAACUCGAAAAUUGUAAAAUAUGGAUGAUGAAUUUGUUUACAAGAGAAGUGCAAGAUUCAUAAAACUUUUGCAAAAAUAUCCUUGUCUCUACGAUGUAAACCAUAAGGGUUACAACAUUUCUGCUCUCCAGAACGAAAUGUGGCAGGAACUGUCGAGAAGAUUUGGUGAUCUACCACCUAAGGAAUGCAAGAAGAAAUGGGAAGACUUUAUCACCAGAUACGGAGAGUACUACAUUAGAUUAGAGUGCCAGAAAAUGUACAACCAUUUAUUCCUGGGAAAAAAGGAACUCAAGAAGGAUCAGCUUAAUUUAAUUGACGACAUGCGUUACUUCAAGCCUCAUAUUCGAUUAAGUGAGGCUAAAGAAAAUCUACUAAAAAAUCCUGAAUAUACCACUAAAGAAAGGCAGGUAAUCAUGGAUUUUGAAUUCAGGAGUAGAUCGUCCCCGGACACUGAAAAACCGCGAGUUUCAAAUCCGGACUCUGAACGACUGCCCAAAAAGAAAGAGUCCAAUAAAGUUCCACAAAACUUUCCAGUGCAACCCUCUCAGCCGGCUUUCCAGUUAGUGGAUCCUCAGCAAGUUUUUCCAAUGCAUCAGCCAGCUUUUCAGAGACCAAAUUUCGAACCGGCUUUCGAAAUACCGAAUCCUCUGCCAGUUUUUCCAAUGCAAAACCCCCAUCCGGUUUACCAAAUGCCGAAUCCUCAGCAAUUCUAUGGAGUUCAGGCCUAUCAUUCGGCUGUUCCGGAUCCUUCAAUGUGCCUUCCAUCAUCUGAGCCACUGUAUUCUCAACCAGUUUUUGAAACCCAGUUGGCUAUACCAACUUUCCAGAGCACUUCCUAUCAGCCACCGCAGCCACCUUUUCAACCAAAUUUCCCUCCAAGUAAUGCUACCUAUUCGACUGCAUCAGGAACCCAAUCCAAAGCAAAGCGUCAUAAGGAAUAUCUCAAUGAGAAAUAUAGAAACUUAAUUGUAAUAGGCCAGAGGAAGUCUGUACUGGAUGUCAAAGAGGAACACGAAAAGUCUAUUGACUUAUUCUUCAAUGAGCUCUCCCAGCAAAUUGUAAAAUCAGGAAUGUCUCAGGAGAAAUUCAAGGAAAUACAAACGAUAAUUGUGGAAAUUGUAGCUGCUAAAUUGCCCGAAUACAAUCAAUGAGGAGCACGAGAAAAUUUGUAUAGAAGAAAUUAAUUAAAACGAAGUAUUUGCAAUCUUUGCAAUAUCUGGGACUUCUUAUUGAAUAGUUCGUCAAUCCGCGGACUACUUUAUUUUCACAAUAUUGGCAGCAUUGGAGUUUGUUGAAGAACGGAAACAAAACAAAGCUACAUGAACAAAAUCCAAAAUUUCAGGAAAAGUCCUCUAAAUAAUAAUAAUAAUCAGAAACCUUCCAAAAUUACUAAAAAGCUUGAAGGGCUUGAAGUAACCGAAGAGCCUAAAAUGAUCCAAAAGCCCUAGGUUCUUUAGGUAAGUCAAAAAAGCUUUAGAUUGAAAUGAACUUUCAGGAAAAAAUCACAUCAAUUUAAAACAGCUGAUUUUCGAAAAGCUUUCAAAUGAACAGCUGAUUUCUUUUUGAGAUGUUAGUACAAGUGUGCUACCGCUAUUCUUCAUUCGGUCUUCGGUCCAUUCGCAAAAAAACGGUAUAGAUUUGAACGAUUUUUAUAAUAAAAAAAAAUGGAUAAAGAUUGUAUUUACAAGAAAAGUAAAAAGUUAAUAAGAAUCGUGCAAAAGUAUCCUUGUCUCUACGAUGUAAAUAAUAAGGGUUACAACAAUCCUGCUGUCCGGAACCAAAUGUGGCAGAAAGUAUCGAAAGAAUUUGGAGCACCUACUAAGAAGUGCAGGGAGAAAUGGGAUGAACUGUUCACCAGAUACGAAGAGUACUAUCUUAGAUUAGAAUGCCAGAAAACGUGUUUAAUCCGAAAGAAGAAACUCAAGCGGAAUCAAGUCAGAUUAGUUAAGGAUAUGCGUCACUUUAAGCCUCAUAUUCGAUUACAUGAAGCUAAAAUGAAUCUACUAAGAAAUCCUAAUCUUUCAAAUGAAGAGAGACAGGCAAUCAAAAAUUUUACACCCAUCAGUCGUGAAUUGUCUCCGGACAUUGAAGAACUGAGAUGUCCACCUUCGGAUUCGGACACUGAGCAACCAUUCGAAAUGAAUCAGUCAACUGAAAAUCCACUGAUUCCUAUUCACAAUAUCCAAAGGCAAACCUUCCAACCAGUAUUUGAAGAACUGAAUCAUCAACAAGUUGCCCCAAUACAGAACUCCCAACCGGCUUUUCAGAGACCAAAUUUCGAACCGGCUUUUGAAAGACCAAAUUUCCGACCGGCCUUCCAAAUGCCGUAUCCUCAACAAAUAUAUGGAGUUCAGAACUAUCGUCCGGCUAUGCAGGAUCCAACAAUAUGCCGCCCAUAUAGACCACCGUAUUUUCAACCAGUUUUUAAAACCCAGAGCACCCAGAGGCUUACUCCACCUUCCCAGACCACUUCCUAUCAGCCAAAUUCGACUCCAUCCGGAACUCAGUGUUCCAAUACAAAUCGUCAACAGGGAUAUAACAAUGAGAGGAAUUCUGUGCUGGAUGUCAAACAAGAACACGAAAAAGCCGUCGAUUACUUCUUCGCUGAUCUCUCCCAGCAAAUAAUAAAAUCGGGAAUGUCUCAGGAGAAAUUCACGGAAAUACAAACGAUAAUUGUGGAAACUCUAGCUGCUAAAUUGCCCGAAUACAAUCAGUAAGAAGCAUGAGAAAAAUAGGAUAAAAAUUGCAGGAGGAUGUUGAACUUAAUAAAAUGUGAAGUUACUUGUCA